AUGCAAGCGAUGGUCUCUCCCAGGCAAAUUUCUAUAGCACUUGCAACAAUUAUCCCUCUGCUUGUGUCCUCUUUGAAAUGUUUGAUUGGAGAUGAAGGAAUAGAAGAAGUUAUUGGAAUAGAAGAAGUCCCACAUGCUGAACUUCAAAUGUGCGUGUAUGAGACAAAGAAACCGUGUGCUUUCGAAGAACCACCUUUUGAUGAAGAACGAGAAAAGCAAUGGGCUAAUUUUCGUUGGAUUACAUCAAAUGAAAUCGAUAUCACAAAACUUCGAAGAUAUUACAAACGGUGCUAUAACAAGAACCAUAGAGCAAUUUGCUAUUGCAGUACAAACUUAUGCAAUGCAAAUUGGAAACUUAUGAUGAGACGCUGGAACAACACUUACCACGAAAACCUGACAGAAUUUAACUGUGUGCUCGAACAUCUGAAAAAUAAGAAUUAUACACCAUGUGACCCUCCCCCGUUGACCGCAGAGGAAGAUGAGCUACCUUCAUCAUGGAUAACGACAGUUGCGAACACGCAGCCAGUGCCGACGACAAGUACAACUAAGGUAACUACUACAGCGUCACCAACGACUUCGGAAACACCUUCGACUUCGGGAAUACCAACGACUUCGGAAAAAGUCGCUGAAACUCAGGUGUCGACAAAGAGUACAACCAAGGAAACUACUACAGCAUCAUCAACGACUUCGGAAAGACCUUUGACUUCGGGAACACCAACGACUUCGGGAAAAGUCGCUGAAACUCAGACGUCAACGAAGGAUACGAUUAUGAGAGCAACAGUCCCUCCACCGACAUCGCAACCAGUCUCUCCACUACAAGGUAUGGGUCAUUUAUGA